UUCUGAGUUCUUUUCUUAGGUUUGAUGAAUAUUUUGGUCUAGGCGAGGCGCAUGGGUGCAGACAAAUGAACGUGCGGCAAGUGACGUCGAAGGCACUUAUUUAUGUGGCGAAGGCGAUCUAAUCGUUGCCACUCGACCACACAGCGGCUGCUGCUGCACAUGAGAGAAAUCUGCAGACAGCUGACGAUAUGGAUUUUGUUUUUAAGGAAGGAAUGGUGUAUCUUUACGGUGUGAAGUUUGGAAAAAAAACAUGGAGAAAAACGUGGAUGGCGCUUUUCAAAGCCAGCUCGACAGGCGUGGGCCGACUGGAACUCUCCAACGUCUCUGACGGCUCUUCUGCUGGCGAUCAGAAGAAGUCAGGUCGGCAGAAAAGCACAGAGAGGAAAGUGGUGCGUUUGAGUGACUGCCUCAGUGCCACCCCUGCUGUGAAGGAGUCCUGUCCCUCUGGAUGCACAGCUUUCUGCCUCAACACCACACAAUCCACCUACAUUUUCGCCUCCAAUACGAGUGAGGAGUGGCUCAGCGCGCUCUGCCUCCUUGCCUUCCAGGGAGAUCCUGGAGGAACAGACAAAGGGGAUUUUGAAGGAGGAAACAGCUUAGCCAUGGAGGACAAUGAACUUUACUCAACCUGGAACAAAGAUCCCACUCUUCCUCCCAAACAGUUCAAAGUGAAGAUCAAGAGCACAAUAGCAUCCAAGAGGUGCAAACUGGCUGGGGAGUAUCUGAUGUCCUCGGAAACAGAGGCUCUGGUGCUGUUCAGCCUUGAUGCCAGCGACGCCAUCUUCCGCUGGCCAUACAGGCUCCUCCGCAGAUUUGGAAAAGUUGAGGGUGGAUUCAGCAUCGAAGCAGGCCGCCGCUGUGAGUCAGGGGAAGGACUGUUCAUCUUUCUGACUCGCCAUGCCCUCCAUGUCUUUCAAGCUAUAGCCAAACAGUGUUCAGUGGAUAUUCCAGCUGGCAUGCAGCCGGUCAAUGACCACAGAAGAUCACUGUGCGACCCAUCUCUUGCUAUCCCGGCAGCCGCUAAAGGCCAAACUUUUGAUCCUCCGGAUGUCGACGCAGACACAGAUGACGAAUCUGAUGGCCACUACUCUCUGAUUACUGAACCUGCACAAAAAUUCAAGCCCCAAAGUUUUCUGAAAUGUGAUUCUAAGGAGAGACCCAGUGAAGAUGAGGAUGAGUAUGGACUGCGUCUGUCAGUGGAAGCUCUAAACCUGGAAAGCGUCAUUGAUGACAGUGUUUAUUAUAACCUGAAGAAAGAUGCUCCUCCCCUGAGGCUAAAAUCAGACAUAGAUGAUUCAGAGUCCAUUUAUUCAGACGUAAAAAUCAGAGACUCCCCCUUAGAUCCCCGGCCUGAGUCUUUGUACGCCAUUGUGGCCCCUCCUGUGCCCCCUGUGCCCCCCUCCUUCAUUCUGUGUCCUGUACCCAAGCGGCGAAGUCAAUUUCUGUCCCCGGUGGACAACCAGCUAGAGCACAAUAAGGCACAGCCGGCAGACGACACGAGGGAGGAGGAGGAUGAUGCCACCAGCUCUGUGACUCGAAACCCCCCCACAGAGGCGCCUGGCACUUUUAAACACAAGCUGGCAGAAAUCCUUUCAAAGGACGUGACAAAACUUCAGCCACCUCUUCCCUUAGGAGGGGCCAGCUCCUCCUUUUCCCAGUAAGCUCUCUGGAAAAACAAAGAGAGGAGGACAACUUCUACUGUCUCAGACCAUCGAGGGACACAAUUAGUUCCUUUACAGCUCCUUUGCUGAGAGCAAUUAACUGCCCUUUACAUCUACUGUAUAAUUUUUCUUAAACUUUUUCUUAACAAAGAACUGUUUUUUUGCUAAAUCCCAACUGCUAAUUCAAAUCUUCAAAGAGAAAUAUUGGACUUUGUCAUGUUUUUUCUGCUUUUUCUCAACUAAUACAAUGUUUUCAUUAUGGCACAAUAAAAAAGACAAAUGAAACAGACUUUUGUUGUGAAUCCGCCCUUAUUAAUGGAAAAAAUUACUUCAAAUGCACAUUUAUACCAUAAUUAUAUAUUUAUUAUAGCAGAACAUCCCUUACAAAUUGGAUAAACAUA